AUGCCCGGUAGUGCAUUCCAGUGCCAGUGCGACAUGGAGAUGGUCUCUGGAGGAAGGAGGAGGAGCGACACCCCUGGAGGAGGAAGGAGAAGCCGCCCUGCGACUCAGCGCACAAUAAAGCUACUGGUGAACACCCGCACCGGGCGCGUGGUGUGCGCGGAGGCGGGCAAGGAUGUGGUGGACUUCCUCUUCUCCCUCCUCGCCCUCCCCAUCGGCACCGUCGUCAGGCUGCUCGCCGCGGAUCCCAUCGGCAGCGUCGGCAACUUGUCCCGGAGCCUCGACGAGCUCGACGGCACCUACAUCGUCGAUGAAGAUGCAAGGGACGCCCUGCUCCCGCCCAGGGCCGGCGGCGGCCUUCUCCUCCUGCUCACCGCUGGCGCGUCGUCCUUCUCUCGCGGGGUCGUGCAGGGCGUCGUGACCUACACCAUCACGGACGACCUCAAGGUCACCCCCAUGUCUCGCAUCUCCGAGAUCCCCAUGAUCAACGCACACCGCAUCAGGGACCCCCGCGACCUCCAGGAGAGGAUUGUCCACUUUGGCCGCACCGAGAGUCUGAAGAUACUCAAGGCGUCACUGCAGUCCCAGACGGUCCUCACCGACGUCUUCCUUAGGAGGCCUUAA